GCGAAAAGUUUCUUUCUGGGAGAACAGAACUGGAGCCCGGUUGGUGUACUGCUUGGAGCAAUGGAGCCAGCCUUCGGGGAGGUGAACCAGUUGGGAGGAGUGUUUGUGAACGGGAGGCCGCUGCCUAACGCCAUCCGGCUUCGUAUCGUGGAACUGGCCCAACUGGGCAUUCGACCGUGUGACAUCAGCCGCCAGCUACGGGUCUCGCACGGCUGUGUCAGCAAGAUCCUGGCGCGCUACAACGAGACGGGUUCGAUCUUGCCAGGGGCCAUCGGGGGCAGCAAGCCCCGGGUCACCACCCCCACCGUGGUGAAACACAUCCGGACCUACAAGCAGAGGGACCCCGGCAUCUUUGCCUGGGAGAUUCGGGACCGCCUGCUGGCGGACGGCGUGUGCGACAAAUACAACGUGCCUUCGGUGAGCUCUAUCAGCCGUAUCCUGCGCAACAAGAUCGGCAACCUGGCUCAGCAGGGCCACUACGACUCCUACAAACAGCACCAGCCGGCGCCACAGCCCGCGCUACCCUACAACCACAUUUACUCCUACCCCAGCCCCAUAACGGCGGCGGCCGCCAAGGUACCCACGCCGCCCGGGGUCCCAGCCAUCCCCGGCUCGGUGGCUCUGCCGCGCACCUGGCCCUCCUCGCACUCCGUCACGGACAUCCUGGGCAUCCGCUCCAUCACCGACCAAGUGAGCGACAGCUCCCCCUACCACAGCCCCAAGGUGGAGGAGUGGAGCAGCUUGGGCCGCAGCAACUUCCCCGCCGCCGCGCCUCACGCGGUCAACGGGCUGGACAAGGGCGCCCUGGAGCAGGAAGCCAAGUACGGUCAGGCACCAAAUGGCCUCCCAGCUGUGAGCAGUUUUGUGUCAGCGUCCAGCAUGGCUCCUUACCCAACCCCGGCCCAAGUGUCGCCUUAUAUGACCUACAGCGCUGCUCCUUCUGGUUAUGUGGCUGGACACGGGUGGCAACAUGCCAGCGGCACCCCGCUUACCUCCCACAACUGUGACAUUCCUGCCUCGCUGGCGUUCAAGGGGAUGCAGGCAGCCAGAGAAGGUAGUCACUCUGUGGCAGCGUCUGCACUCUGA